CGCGCCCCUCCCGGUGCGGGCGAAGGGUCCGGGGGAGGAGCGCGGCGCGGGGGGCAGCGCACCUGUUGCGGCGCGGCGCUGCCGGCCGCGUCCCUCGACCGAAACCACCCCGGUGCGCGGGAAUGGACGGGAAGCCCCCCCGGUCGGCGAACGAGGGGACGAGACAAAAAGUGAGAGGGGGAGGAGGAGUGAGGAAGGAGACGGUGCGAGGUUCGGCGGACCGCGGGUGUCUGCAGCGCCGCCGGACCGCGCUCCGUCCCCGUCCCAGGCCGGGGGCAGUGCGGGCUGCGGGAUUACCUCACGCUCCUCCGAUCGGCGCCGCCGUUAAUUCCAGUGACCUCCGCAGAACUGUGGAUGUGCAACUCCUUCCCAGCGAGAAGUACCUCAGCUGCAGGGCAAAAUAGAAGGACGUGAGUUACUGACUUCCUCACAGCAUCAGGACCAGAAAUACUACCCUGUGCUUCACCAUCAAUUAGGAGCAAUUGAAAACCACCUCUCUGAAAAGCCGAUCAGCCGAUGACAUCAGUGGACACCUUUUGUGAAGCACGUUUUAUGUACUUCUGCUGAGAUCGUUUUUCUACCCUCCGUAUGGUUCUAUAUCACUUACUGGGCACUGAUGGUAGCCUCCAGAAAGUGCAGUUUCAAAUGGUCAACCUCAAUCUUUAGCAAGAAGAAAAUCUGGAAACUGGAUAGCAACAACAUCUUCAGAGAAAAUGGUAUACGAAGGAAAACGAUUAGUUUCCUGCCAUUGUUUCUUCCUGUUAACAGCCAAAUUCUGCUGGAUGCUCACCCUGAUGCAAAGAACUUAUGGCCAGGAAUAUGCCCACUCCAUCCGACUGGAUGGGGACAUCAUCUUGGGAGGACUGUUCCCCGUCCAUGCAAAAGGGGAUAGAGGGGUGCCUUGUGGGGAGCUCAAGAAGGAAAAAGGGAUCCACAGACUAGAGGCAAUGCUGUACGCAAUUGAUCAGAUUAAUAAAGACCCCGAUCUUCUUGCCAAUAUCACCUUAGGUGUCCGGAUCCUUGAUACAUGUUCCAGGGACACUUAUGCAUUGGAGCAAUCCUUAACAUUUGUACAAGCGUUGAUAGAGAAAGAUGGUUCAGACGUGAAGUGUGCUAAUGGCGACCCACCAAUUUUCACUAAGCCAGACAAGAUAUCAGGUGUGAUAGGUGCUGCAGCAAGUUCCGUGUCCAUUAUGGUUGCAAAUAUUUUAAGACUUUUUAAGAUACCUCAAAUCAGCUAUGCAUCUACAGCUCCAGAACUGAGUGAUAACACCAGGUAUGACUUCUUCUCUCGAGUGGUCCCACCUGACUCCUACCAAGCACAGGCCAUGGUUGACAUCGUGACAGCCCUUGGGUGGAACUAUGUGUCAACACUGGCUUCCGAAGGAAACUACGGAGAGAGCGGCGUAGAGGCAUUCACCCAGAUCUCCAGGGAAAUCGGAGGUGUUUGCAUUGCUCAGUCACUCAAAAUUCCUCGGGAACCAAGACCAGGAGAAUUUGAAAAGAUCAUCAAGCGCUUAUUAGAAACUCCAAAUGCUCGAGCGGUGAUCAUGUUUGCGAAUGAAGAUGAUAUUAGGCGAAUACUGGAAGCAGCCAAAAAAGCUAAUCAGUCUGGACAUUUCCUAUGGAUUGGCUCAGAUAGUUGGGGGUCAAAAAUUUCACCAGUUCAGCAUCAGGAAGAAAUUGCAGAAGGAGCAGUAACCAUCCUACCUAAAAGAACCUCUAUAGAUGGAUUCGAUAGAUAUUUUCGGAGCCGAACACUUGCCAACAAUCGAAGAAACGUAUGGUUUGCAGAAUUCUGGGAGGAGAACUUUGGAUGCAAGUUAGGAUCCCAUGGAAAAAGAAAUAGCAACAUCAAGAAAUGCACAGGCUUAGAAAGAAUUGCAAGAGAUUCAGCCUAUGAGCAAGAAGGAAAAGUUCAGUUUGUAAUUGAUGCAGUAUAUUCCAUGGCCUAUGCACUACAUAACAUGCACAAAGAUCUCUGUCCUGGAUAUAUUGGUCUGUGUCCAAGGAUGAGCACAAUUGAUGGUAAAGAACUACUUACCUAUAUCCGAGCAGUAAACUUUAAUGGGAGUGCUGGAACACCUGUUAUCUUCAAUGAAAAUGGAGAUGCUCCUGGACGUUAUGAUAUUUUUCAGUAUCAGAUCACCAACAAGAGUACAGAAUACAAAAUAAUUGGUCAUUGGACCAAUCAACUUCAUCUAAAUGUAGAAGACAUGCAGUGGGCUAAUAGAGAGCACACUCAUCCGGCAUCUGUCUGCAGCCUACCCUGUAAAGCUGGGGAAAGAAAGAAAACCGUGAAGGGGGUGCCCUGCUGCUGGCACUGUGAACGCUGCGAAGGGUACCACUACCAGGUGGAUGAAUUCAAUUGUGAACUGUGCCCCAUCAAUAAGAGACCGAAUGCCAACCGUACAGAUUGCCAGCUUAUCCCCAUAAUCAAACUGGAGUGGCAUUCCCCAUGGGCCAUUGUGCCCGUCUUCAUAGCUAUCCUUGGGAUAAUUGCCACCACCUUUGUCAUCGUGACGUUUGUCCGGUACAACGAUACUCCGAUUGUUAGGGCCUCUGGAAGGGAGCUCAGUUAUGUGCUCUUGACUGGGAUUUUUCUCUGUUAUUCCAUUACUUUUUUAAUGAUUGCCACUCCUGAUACAGUGAUCUGCUCAUUUCGGAGGAUCUUCCUAGGACUCGGCAUGUGUUUCAGCUAUGCUGCCUUGCUUACCAAAACAAAUAGAAUUCACAGAAUAUUUGAACAGGGUAAGAAAUCAGUCACAGCUCCCAAAUUUAUUAGUCCGGCAUCCCAGCUGGUGAUCACUUUCAGUCUCAUAUCCUUGCAGCUUAUUGGAGUCUUCAUCUGGUUUGCUAUUGAUCCACCACACACCAUAGUAGAUUAUGGAGAGCAGAGGACUCUCGAACCAGAAAAUGCCAGGGGAGUUCUCAAAUGUGACAUUUCAGAUCUGUCUCUCAUUUGUUCCCUUGGAUACAGUAUUCUCUUGAUGGUCACAUGUACUGUUUAUGCUAUUAAAACAAGAGGGGUUCCAGAGACCUUCAAUGAAGCAAAACCCAUUGGAUUUACUAUGUACACAACCUGCAUAAUUUGGUUAGCUUUUAUUCCAAUCUUUUUUGGUACGGCCCAGUCAGCAGAGAAGAUGUACAUCCAGACAACAACACUUACUGUCUCCAUGAGUUUAAGUGCUUCUGUGUCUCUGGGCAUGCUCUACAUGCCCAAGGUUUAUAUUAUCAUUUUUCAUCCAGAGCAGAAUGUUCAAAAACGGAAGAGGAGCUUCAAGGCUGUAGUGACAGCUGCCACAAUGCAAAGCAAACUGACCCAAAAAGGAAAUGACAGACCAAAUGGCGAGGUCAAAACCGAACUAUGUGAAAGUCUUGAAACCAACAGUAAGUCAUCUGUAGACUUUCCCAUGGUCAAGAGUGGCAGCACUUCCUAAUAGAUCCUCCUCUACCAAGACAACUUAUGUCAGUUACAGCAAUCAGGCAAACUGAGCAGGGAUGAAAUUAAAUGGAAGACCACCAGGAUGGGAUCUUGCAAAGAAAGACUUUACCAUCACCAGAAUUCAGUCCUGGAAAUAUCAGUAGUCUACAUUCAAAUCAAUAGUCAGUCUCCUAAAGAACAAGGAUUAAACAAGAGGCAAAAGGCAAGAAGAGACAGGGGAAGGAAAAGUCCUGUUUUAUAUCAUAUAUAGACAGUGUCAAAUCUCUGAACUGUUCACUCACAAAAGGAAGUAAAUCACAAAAGGAAAACAAAUGUUAGCUUGUGAAAAAAAUGCUGUUGAAAUAAAUCAUGUCUGAUGUUAUAUUUGUAAGUACUUUUUUGUGAUUGUGACAAUUUCCUUUCCUGUCCUACAUUGUUUAACUUGUAAAAGAAGAAGAGUUUGUUUCUUGUGAUGGCUGACUGAAUUAAGUCCUGGGUUAUGCUAAAAUAAAUGCAAUGGUCAACGCAUGCUAAUUUUUAUACAAAAUAAUUUAUUUCUAAUAAUAAAGGAAUGUUUUGCAAAUGUUGAGACUUGUUUUGUUGCAGUUUUAAGAAAAAAAGAAGUCCUUACACUGUUGUCUAUUGUUUGUUUAGAAUGUGCAGUAAAGGUGGGUGUACAAAAAUAAAGUAAUAAUCAUGGCAUCAGAAGAAUGCAGUGUAAACUCUAAGCAUAUGUGCGUGUGUAUGUAUGUGUGCACGUGUGUGGGUGUAUGUACGUGCAUGCCUGCAUGCAUGUGUGUGUGUACUCUGCAGUGUGUGAAUUUAUUUGUUCAAAAUUUUGUAACUAUAUUUUCUAAUGGAAGGAUCCCCCCCCCCCUUCUGACCCUCAAAGUAAGUGCAUUUUAUAUGUUUGUAAAGUGAACGAGUCUUGAUGGUGAUUAUUUUGUAUGAUUGUAUUAUAUUUUUGAACCUCAACUAAUAACUCUGAUCCUCUUCAUUUAUGGAACUUACAAUUUGUAAGAAUAUAUGGCAGCUAGACUGGAUUAAUCUUAAAAUUUAUUCAGCCUAGUAUUCUGUCUUUGACAGGGAAUGUAGCAGAUGCUUAUCUCAAUAAAGGUGACUUUGAAAUUACAGGAGAGAAAUCAAUUGAAAAUUUGGAAAGCAGUAACAUAGCGUAUAUAAACAUUGUUGCCCAAUGAACGCUUAAAAAUCAAAGAAAUAGAUGCCCAUCAAAAAAUUUCACAUCUUCUAACCUAACAUGUUAAAUGAUUGUGUGUGCAUUAGAAAUGAUUACAAAAAUAGAUAAAUUCAUAUAGAUAUCUAUCAUGUUAAUAAGCCCUUCCAAAGAAGAUUAAAAGAGACAGCUAGGGACUGUCAGUUAUUACCGUAUCUGUGAUGACUUUUUCACUCCAGCAUUUACCACCCAUCAGGCCAAUGGAUCUUCACAAUCAGUUGGUUAUUAAAUGUUCUUUCUCCUGAAUUUGUCUGGAUGGCUCCUUGUGCUUUUUUUUCUCAUAGGAGCUGUAUUGGAAACAUAGCCUACAGAAGCCAUCUAAAUCCUCAAUUACAUUGUUUGAUGAAUUAAAGUAUCUGAAACUGAAUCACUUCCUGUUACACUGUCAACAUUUAAAUAUCAGCACAGUUGGUGAAUGUCAGUGGAUUUUGAUUUUCAAAAUACUGAAGAGAAGACAUAGGCUUUUUUGUUGUUGUUAUUUUAUUGUUUUUGUUUUGUUUUCCCCAGUAUUUAUAUUAAAUCAUAGACUGAGGAAUGCUAUGGCAUAAUGUGGUAUAGUGUAGCAUAGUGUGCCUGGUAUAUGUCUUAUUCCUUGAUUUCCCACAAGUACACCAAUCCCAACCCUGUGAACUAACAUAUGCUCAAUGUAAAGCCUGCAAUUAAUGAAGCUAAUAUAAUGAGACUUACUUAUACAACCAAAACUAAACUGAUCUGGGAGAAAAAAGGCCCUCAAAACCCUAUUCAUUGUUUUUGACCAGCAAAUAUCAAACUGAACUAUCUUGUGUAAAUGGACUAGAUUAAUAUUUUUACGGACAGAUUUCCAUAUUUAUUAUAAACUUCCUAAGAUAGAUUUUUUUUUUUUUUAAUUUUUUAAUCUGAAAACCAGUGUUUUGGUACAAUUUCUUUUAAAAUAAACAUUUGAAAAAAUUGCUUUUCAGUUCACAGUAAAACAAGUUUCAAAUUUUUUGUCUAUUACAUCUUUUUAUGAUGACACGUAUAACAGUAUGCAUUCGAAAGAAAAACAGUUUACAAGAAAUGCAUUUUUGACACACUUCAUUUUAGCAUAAACACGUUAUGAAUAAAUGUAAACACAUUUUAUAUGCAGAUAAAGUUUAGUGUGUGAAUCUUCUAGUUUCACAGUAGUCCAAAGAAAAUGUUGUUCUGAAUAGAUUUACCAAUACACACCCUUUUUAGUUGAAAAGCAGGGUAGAAGUAGCCUGUUAUGCACAUUGUCUGUGCAUUUUCUGUCUUUCUGUCUAAAACGCAGAGUAUAUGAGGGUUUACCAGUCUCACUAGCAUUAAUAACUUACUAGAAAAAUGAGCCCACAGUCAUUACUUAAUAAACAGCUCAUAUGCACUAUGCGACAUAACAGUACUAGUCCACAAGUUUCACUUCCACAGGGUGGUUAUGUGCAGUUUAUCUAUGUCCAUAGAACACUGCAUGCCUGUCCCCAAUGACAGUAAUCAAAAUCCCAUUUCUUCUUGUAUCACUUUACAGCUGUGGAUGAGCAAUACAUGUUAUUUCAUAAGUGAAGUUCAUCUUUGUUCUUUUUGAGUUUGGAAGACUUUUCAUACACAGAUAACUGUAGCACCUAAGAUUUAUUAAUUAUUUUUUUUCUGGCAACCUCUUAUGAGUUCAAGAUAGUGUCUUCAGGUGUCUGUAAAUCCCACUUUUUUGCAAUAGGU